CUUGGGUUCCCGGCGCGCUGCAGUUCGGGCUUGUAGCGGCUUCUCCUUACCUUCGAGUUGUACCUCCACGGGGCUAGAGGGGCCGGGGAGCGAAUCCCGCCCCCGCCCCCACCCACACCACCCCCGCCGCCACCGCCGCUGCCGCUCCUUACACACUCGGAAUCAUUGGCUUCGCUACCGGAAGCGGGGGCGCUGCGGGCGCGCGCGCGCCGUCCCCCAGCGCGCUCCAACCCGCGCGCCUGCCGUCCUGGGGCUCGUCGGCGCGCGCCGGUUUCCGCCUCCGGCUCGGGACGCUUCCGUUCCUAGUGUGGCCCAUCUUGGAGUGCUGGGGAUGGAACCCAGGCCUUCCGUCAUGCUAAGCACUGCACUCUACCAUUGAGUCCAGUCCUUCGUUUUCACAAAUGAGAAGGAGACCUAAAAAGGCCUAUGGGUGCAGCUACCAGGAUCGCUUUCUUCCCCAGGGUUUUCUGCAGCCCUUCUCAUGUUGGACAAUGUGAUUCAUCAGAGAGAGAGACCCUCCUCCUCUUCCUAUCCAUGAGCCACUCUUCCCAACUGCUCUCCCAUCAUCCACUGCCCUCAUGUCUACCAUACUCCUGAAUCUGGAUUUUGGGGGAUCUCCACCCAAAAAGGCAUUAGAAGGGAAUGCCAAGCAUCGAAAGUUUGUUAAGAAGCGCCGGCUCUUGGAACAGAAGGGCUUUCUCAAUAAAAAGAAGCAGACCCCUAGCAAGGUGUCUAAGUUGCACUCAGAACCUCCAAAGAAAGGGGAAAAUGUGAGAGUGGAUGGCACUUGGAAGAUUCCUCCCCUUUCAAGAAAGAAGACACCUGCACCCAGCACUGGGUCAGGAUUGUCCCUGGAUAAGAAAACUGCAGUGCCUUGGCUGACCCCUGCACCUUCAAAGAAGGUUAAUUCUGUUGCAGCUAAAGUAGAUUUGCUGGGGGAGUUCCAGAGUGCCCUUCCAAAGAUUAAGAGCCACCCAACUCGCUCCCAGAAGAAGGCCCCCCAGAAGAAGAACCCUCCUCAGAACAAUGCCACACAGAAUUCCACCAGAAAUCACUUAGAAAAUAAGUGCUCUGGAGCAUCCCAGAAAUUGCCAGGGAAGAUGGUGGCAAUUGACUGUGAGAUGGUGGGCACAGGACCCAAAGGGCAUGUUAGUUCCUUGGCUCGAUGUAGCAUUGUCAACUAUGAUGGAGAUGUGCUUUAUGAUGAGUACAUCCUUCCCCCCUGCCACAUUGUGGACUACCGAACCAAAUGGAGCGGAAUCUGCAAGAAGCACAUGGUGAAUGCUACACCCUUUAAGAUUGCUCGGAGCCAGAUCUUGAAGAUAAUCUUGGGAAAGAUUGUGGUGGGGCAUGCCAUCCACAAUGACUUCAAAGCCCUGCAGUACUUUCACCCCAAGUCCCUCACCCGAGACACCUCUCAAAUACCCCUCCUCAACCGGAAAGCCAAUUGCCCGGAGAAUGCCACCAUGUCUCUGAAGCGCCUCACCAAGCAGCUGCUACAUCGGGACAUACAGAUCGGGAAAGGUGGACAUUCCUCUGUGGAAGAUGCCCAGGCCACCAUGGAGCUGUACAAGUUGGUUGAAGUUGAGUGGGAACAACACCUGGCCCAAAAUCCCCCAAAAAACUAGCAACUGUGGGGAGACAGAGGCAACAUCCAGGAGAAACAGGGCCGCAGACCAACACCUGCCUCUUCUAGCUUCACAUCUGCAGAAGCUAGACCUGUUGGGGAGAGACACUGUACCCCAGGCUUAAUACCCAUUGAAAUUUCAACUCAGCUCUUGUGUCCUGUAUCUGGUUAAGUGUCCCAUGGAAGUGGGAAACCUUCAUGUCAGAUUCCAGCCCGAGACUGCUUACUUUAAAUGGUGCUAACCACGGGUCCCAGGAUUCUUUGUGCCAGUCAGACUUUUUGAUUUCCAGGACAGGGCAUACUGGGGAAUGUAGUUUCCUACAUUGCCUUAUCACUAGGUAGCCAUAUGUCUCUUGUAUUUUGGAGAUGGGUUGGGGGAUUGCCCAGGUUGGCCUCCAACUCCUGGGCUCAAGCAGUCCUCCUACUUCAGCUUCCUGAGUAACUGGGAGUGUAGACCUGUGCUACCAUGCCCAGCAUUUUUUAUCCUCACAUAAUUAACAGCAUCCCUUUUACUUUCAAAAGUAUCCUAAUUGGAUACUGGAGUGUAUGGUCACGUUACAUAUCCAAGACUCUGCUCUGGUUCAGAGUCUGCAUCCAGCCUGCCAGGAUAUCACCUGCCAACUUCAAGAAGAGUCACUAUUAGUGAUGUUUUGUUCUUAAGGUUAGAAGGCAAUGAGGUAAGAGUAUAACUUAGAAAUCAACUUUUCUGAUUUAGGAAAAGGAGUCUCUUACCUAAAAUAGUAGAGGAUUUAUUUAAUUUAGGUUCUACUUGGAAGAUUGAAAAUGGAUUUACGUGGUUUUAAUGUUUUCAGUUUUUGUUUUGUUUUUUGUUUUUAGUCUUUUACCUUACUAAACCAAACCUCUAAAAUUCAGAUGAUCUCUUUGAUAAAUUUUUACAAUGGAA